UUUAUACCAUUCGACCCAACGGUCCACACAAGAAAGAGCGCACCAAAACGAAUUCCGAAAACAACAGACACACAGAAUUUAUAUAUUUUCAAAAAAAAGACAGAAGCAAAAAAGUAGUGAACUUGGAAGGGUGGAAAUAAAGAGUGACUGUGAGUGAGAAUAGAUGAGCUACAAAUAAAAAAAAUUCAUACAAAAAAAAAAACUCAUCUAAUUGUGUUGAAAAAAAGCCUCAAUUUCAGGCAAAACAAUAACAACAACUUUAAGUUCGUUUACCGACACUCUAAAGUUGUUAGAAAUAAAGAAGAGAUCAUUAUUUUUUCUGCCAGAAUUAUACUUCCUAAUCAAUUUUGCUUAAAAAUUACAAAAACAAAAUCUGAAAAAAAGAGAAUUACGAAAAUAAUCAUUUCACAAUGAGUGCAACAGCGAUUGCAACAACAACAUCCGCAGCCGCUAUAGCAGCUGCAGCUGGUACUGCACCUGGAACAGGAGAUGCUAAUCCAGCGCUGUGUCGAUUCUUUGUGCGCGGCAUUUGUCGCUUUGGUGAAAUGUGCCGGUUUUCGCAUGAUCUAUCAUGGAAUCCAACAGCAGCAGCUGGAACAACAAAUUCCUCCUCCUCCGCCCCAACAGCAAUUACAACAACACCAACGACGACGUCGACGAAAGUGGGCCCAACCACCGAAACUGCCAGACCAAGUACUAGCAAGUCAUGGGCAAAUGCUCCUGUUUUCAUUCCAAAAUUCCGCCAACAAUCGAUUGGGUUGGAUAGCAGCAAAGAUGUUGAUCCUAAUCGCAGCUGGGCCGAAGUGGCCGGAGGCGCUGGUGGUGGUGGCAAUGCUGGCAUAGCUAACCAAAUACAGGGUGUACCUAUUCCCGGUGGCUUGUGUCCAUAUGAAUAUGAUUGUCCCUUUGGAUUGGCCUGUACCUAUCAGCAUAUUGAGCUGUGCGAAAUGUGCGAUUCGUAUUGUCUGCAUCCAACGGAUACCCAACAGAGGCGGAAGCACAUACAGGAAUGCCUGCAGCAGCACGAACGCGACAUGGAAUUGUCGUUUGCCAUUGCCAGGUCAAAGGACAAGCAAUGUGGAAUCUGUUUCGAUACUAUAAUGGAAAAGGCCGGACGUGAGAAGAGAUUCGGCAUCCUGCCCAAUUGCAGUCAUAUAUUCUGUUUGGAAUGCAUACGGAAGUGGCGUCAAGCUAAGCAAUUUGAACACAAGAUCACCAGAGCUUGUCCUGAAUGUCGUGUGGCUUCGGACUUCGUCUGUCCAAGUGCCUUUUGGGUAGAAACAAAGGAAGAAAAGGACAAACUCUUGGUUGAUUACAGAAAUGCGCUUGGCAUCAAAGACUGCAAGUACUUCAAAAAGGGUGAUGGCAAAUGUCCCUUUGGCAAUAAAUGUUUCUACAAACAUGCUCUCCCGAAUGGUGAAUUAGUUGAUGUUGGAUUACCACAACGUGCCAGAAAAUUACAUCGAAAUACCGAUGAGUUGAUUGAUUUACUCGAUAUCUAUCUAUGGGAAUUCGUUGAUCAACGUGACUAUCAUUGGCUUGAAAAUCACUCAAAUCCAACUGAUAGUGAUGACUCUGACUGGUCUGAAGAAGAAUAGACGAAUUUUCUUCACCCAACAUAAACACACAUACAUAAAAACACCUUGAAAAAAUUGAAAAUAAUAUAAACAUUCAAUGUGUAAACAAAAAAAACAAACAAAACAAAAAUGUUAAUCUGUCCCACGUUAAAAAAAAAAUGAAACACAACAAAAAAUAUCUCUGUUUAAUUUUUUUUUUCUCUUUAAAAAUCCAUCCAACAUAAAGAAGAAAAAAAAAAACAAAAAAAGAA